GCAGGACCAAGCCAUUGAUGCCGAUCGGCGACGACCCGUGAGCAGGGAGCACGAAGGCGAGUUUUGAUGGAACCUAUGUAGGCUGGGUGGGGUUCAUCUUCGUGGUGAACGGCCGUCUAGGGUCUGAGUCUCCACCAACGAGGGACUCUUUCACAUAAACUGCGCAUACCGCCCCCAAACCUCGCGCCAUCCCGGUUGCCGUGCGUUUGCGGGAAGAGGAGGAGCCCGGAAAUGCAGAGCGCCACCAGCAGCGGCAUCGCCUAUGACCUCAAGUACCAGGCAAGGUGCAUUUGCGACGUCAAGGCUGAUGCGGAGACCACCUGCUUUCUUGCAGGCACUCUCAGCCUCAAGGAAGAAAACGAGAUCCAUCUGAUCCAGAUCUCGCCUUCUGGCACAGAGCUCACCUGCAGAGGUCUUUUCUCCCAUCCCCACGAGAUCUGGAAUCUUGCUUCCUGCCCGUUUGAUCCACGCACAUUCUCGACUGUAUUCGAUUCGGGAGGCAUAUAUGGAGCCGCUGUAUGGCAGAUCCCUGAUGAUUUUGCUAACUCCAGUUCUCCACAAUUGGAACAGAUUGCUUCUCUUGAUGCUCAUUCAUGCGAAAUUAGAAGCGUCCUUUGGUGGCCAUCAGGAAAGCACGACAAAUUGGUUAGCAUUGACAAGGAGAAUAUAUAUUUGUGGAGUUUAGAUUCUUCAACCAAAUCUGCCAAGGUGCAAUCACAGGAAUCUGUUGGUAUGUUGCAUUAUCUAUCGGGGGGAGCAUGGGAUCCACAUGACCAGAAUGCUGUUGCAGUGACUUGUGAAUCAUCAAUUCAGUGUUGGGACAUAAGAUCAAUGAAGAAAACAAUUACUCUUGAUCAUGCUCAUGCUCGGGCUAUAGACUUUAACCCCAAGAAACAGCACAUUCUUGUGACUGCAGAAUACGAAUCCGGCAUUUGUGUGUGGGAUAUUAGGAUGCCAGAUGUUCCAAUCAGAGAGCUUCCUGGACAUGCACAUUGGACAUGGUCCGUCCAGCACAAUCCAGAAUAUCAUGAGCUGAUUUUGAGCUCUGGAACAGAUUCGACUGUUAACUUGUGGUUUGCUUCUGUCAAUGGCAUGGAUGAUGCUAUAUAUGAAAGAAUGCCUGAGUUACCUUCCCGGAAUGUAGAUCCACUUAUUUGUUCAUUCAGUGACUAUGAGGAUUGUGUAUAUGGUCUUUCGUGGAGUUGUCGAGAACCAUGGAUAUUUGCUUCUUUAUCAUAUGAUGGAAGGGUGGUGGUGGAGUCUGUCAAGCCUUACCUUCCAAAGCAAUAAAGCUACAGUUGGUAGACCAUGGCUUUUGCAGAUGUUCAGGAAAUUGAUUGGUGGCGAGGCAUUCUGAUUACAAGUUUUGGACUAGAUUUUAGCACCCAAAGCACAUCAAUCUUCCUUGUACCUCGUUAAAGGAUUAUUCUUGUGGAUUUUCUGAGAAGACUGAACUUGCAGGGAAGUCAUUUUGUUUAUGGUCCUGCAGGAAAAGCUCUGCACAAUCUUGCAAUUUUCAAAAUUGCAGAGUUGGCUGCUGCAUUGCUAAUGUUUUCGGGAGCACAAGUUUUCGAUUUUGUUCUUGAAAUGUAUUCUGAUUCUCAUGGGUUUGUUGUCCUGGCAAGUGCAGUUUGGGAAACUUAGGUCCGCAGUUUAAUGUUUGGAUUGAGACUCCCGUGAUUAUUCAAAAAAUGUUAAUUAGGAGCUUGCCAGCGUUGAUUGAAAAAAUGAAGUCAAGGGGAA